UGUGUGGGGCAGAACACAUCGGAUGCCCCGCCGGGGCCUGGUGGUGCAGCAGGCCGGGGGGCCACUGCCCACCCCACGGCUGGCUACCUCCCUGACUUCCUCACCCCGCCACAGCCCCCCUCUGGCUUCUCCUUCUCCUGCCCCCGGCAGCUCAAAGUGCCCUCUUACUUGGGCUACCGGUUCCUGGGGGAGCGGGACUGCGGGGCUCCCUGUGAGCCAGCCCGGCCCAACGGGCUCAUGUACUUCAAGGAGGCGGAGGUGCGAUUUGCCCGGCUGUGGGUGGGCGUGUGGUCUGUGCUCUGCUGCGCCUCAACCCUCUUCACUGUGCUGACCUACCUGGUGGACAUGCGCCGCUUCAGCUACCCAGAGCGGCCCAUCAUCUUCCUCUCUGGCUGCUACUUCAUGGUGGCAGUGGCCUAUGCGGCAGGUUUCUUGCUGGAGGAACGAGUGGUGUGUCUGGAGCGCUUCUCUGAGGACGGCUACCGCACUGUGGCCCAAGGCACCAAGAAAGAAGGCUGUACCAUCCUCUUCAUGAUCCUCUACUUCUUCGGCAUGGCAAGCUCCAUCUGGUGGGUCAUCCUGUCCCUCACCUGGUUCCUGGCUGCUGGCAUGAAGUGGGGCCAUGAGGCCAUCGAGGCCAACUCCCAGUAUUUCCACCUGGCUGCCUGGGCUGUGCCUGCUGUCAAAACUAUCACCAUCUUGGCCAUGGGGCAGGUGGAUGGGGACGUACUCAGUGGGGUGUGUUACGUAGGUAUCUACAGUGUGGACUCCUUGCGGGGCUUUGUGCUGGCGCCCUUGUUUGUGUACCUCUUCAUUGGCACUUCCUUCUUGCUCGCUGGCUUCGUGUCCUUGUUUCGCAUCCGCACCAUCAUGAAGCAUGACGGCACCAAGACAGAGAAACUGGAGAAGCUGAUGGUGCGCAUUGGUGUCUUCAGUGUCCUCUACACGGUGCCUGCCACCAUUGUCCUGGCAUGUUACUUCUAUGAGCAGGCCUUUCGUGGCACCUGGGAGAAGACGUGGCUCCUCCAGACCUGCAAAACCUAUGCUGUGCCCUGUCCCAGCCACUUUGCCCCUAUGAGCCCAGACUUCACUGUCUUCAUGAUCAAGUACCUCAUGACCAUGAUUGUUGGGAUCACAACUGGCUUUUGGAUCUGGUCUGGCAAAACCCUUCAGUCCUGGCGACGCUUCUACCACAGACUCAGCACUGGCAGCAAAGGCGAGACAGCAGUAUGAGGCCCCCGUCCCCUCUGGCACACACACACGCAUGCAUGCAGACACGCAGAGGAGAGGGGUACUUGGUAGAAGAGGAUGGCAAUGGCUCCCUGAAGAGGGAGGAAGGGAGGCUUUUCCAAACUUUUUUCUUCCUCCCAGAGGGUUUGAGGAGGGGGAAAAAAAAUAAAAUCGUGGUGUAAAGGAUCAGACAGACUGUGUCCACUGGUGCUUAUGCCCAGCUAAGUGGAAGAGCACAGAAAGAGGCCACUGGUGGGAUGGGAGAGUCCUUUCCCUGCAAGAAGUCCCCUUACUUCUCUCUCCUGCUACCUCUGUGCAGGAAAAAACCCCAACCCAGCUAAAACUAUCCUGCCUUGCUUUGGA